CAGAAAAUCGCAUCCAAAUUGUAAAAAAACUGAAAACAUUAUCAUUAUCUUGUUUCCAUGGCUGCCUCCUUACUCUUCCUCUCCUCCUCUACCCCUUCCACAGCUACUCCUCUUCUUCGCCUAUUCUCUUCCCACUUCAAGGGCAAUGUAACAACUCUGAGGGCGAACCCAUCUCAAUUUCCGUCCAUAAGCCUCUGCCACUACAAGGACAAGCCGCGGAAGCCGCUUACUGUUCAGAAUUCCGCGGCGUCUGCUGCCCAAGAAGCUUCUGGAAGUGCUCGAUUUCGGCUCGAUAACUUGGGCCCGCAGCCGGGGUCACGGAAGAAGGCGAAGAGAAAGGGGCGAGGGCAUGCGGCUGGACAGGGGGGAAGCUGCGGGUUCGGAAUGAGGGGUCAGAAAUCGAGGUCCGGUCCCGGCGUCAGGAGGGGUUUUGAGGGCGGCCAGAUGCCCCUCUAUCGAAGAAUCCCUAAAUUGAGGGGAAUUGCUGGAGGCAUGCGUGCUGGACUACCAAAGUAUCUACCGGUGAACUUGAAAGAUAUUGCAGAUGCUGGAUUUCAAGAAGGGGAAGAGGUUUCCUUGGAGUCCUUGAAGAAGAAACGUCUAAUAAACCCAUCCGGUCGGGAAAGAAGACUCCCUCUCAAGAUCUUAGGAGAUGGGGACUUGACUGUGAAGCUCGACUUCAAGGCCCGAGCUUUUUCAGCAUCAGCAAAAGAGAAGAUUGAGGCAGCUGGUUGUUCAUUAACCGUGCUUCCUGGGCGAAAGAAAUGGGUGAAGCCGUCUGUAACGAAGAACCUUUCCCGUGCUGAAGAAUACUUUGCCAAGAAGCGGGCCUCAGCUGACUGGGUCGACACGCCUUCUGCUUGAGCCUCAAUUUUGCCAGUAACAUAAGAUAUGUAAAGCAACUAUUCAUUGUUGUAUGCUCAAAUGUUACCUUUGUUAGUUUUCGACCAAAUCCUAGUAAUCUUUGUCAUUGAAUCAUUGGGUUCAUACGGCUGGGUAUUUGGUACUAUGUUGGAACGACCUUUUUUGUUUCAGAUUUUCACUUCUCUUUUA